AUGAGCACUUCCUCGGGCAACUCACAGAGACGGCCGGUAGCGCGCCGUGCGUGUCUCACGUGUCGCGAAAAGAAAAUCAAGUGCGACGGCGAGGUUAUCACAAAUGGCAAAGGCGAGGGCUCAGACCAUGGACGCGCCACAACCAUCUGCCUGAACUGCAAAUUUCUCGGCAUUGAGUGUGUGUUUAUCCCAUCGAUGCGCGGCGGUCGCAGACGCAAGCGCCACCAGGCGGAUCAUGCCGCCGACGACUCCAUGUUAGAUGAUGGCGAGGAUGAUGACCACUUGGCGCCCCCAGGUGACUUUCGGACGUUAAAUCAAUUCUCUGACCGCAUGCACCAGCCGCCGCGCUUACCAUCGCUCACAAGCUUGUCGCGUCCGCGCUUAGACAGCGACACCAUCAAAUCGCCGUCGGUACAUUCGGACUACCCGUCCUCCACUUCCUCCUACCCCUCGAUUCUCAGCAGAGAUCGUUUGUCCAUCGCACCACCAAAGGUUUCGCCGACACUCUCCAGCUCCACCUUCGACUUUCCGCGGCGUGCAUCGUACUCCUACCGUGACUAUGAGUUGCGUGCUGAUCUUGACCCGCGUGACCGCGAUCGUGACCGUGACGAGCGUGAGAUGUACGAAUCCCGCUAUUCUUCCUACGGACCCCCACCGCGUGGGCCACCCCGCCACGGUGGACCACCCCGCCACGGCCCACCUCACCACCACGGCCCACCACCACAUCACGGCCCGCCCCACCACGGCUACUUGCCUCCGCCGCCUCCACACAUGAUGCACUACUACAACCACUACCAGGGAUUACCUCCACCACCGCCUCCGGGCCACAGGGGCCCGCCGCCGGGGCCCCUUCCUUUGUUGCCCCCUUUGAGCUACAACGGAAAUGGCAGUUCUUACCGCGACAGAGACUACUACUACGAGCGUGACCGCUCCGGAAGACAGGACCGUGACCACGAGUUGCUUGAUGCUAAAUCUGAGACCAGCUCCAAGUACAGCCACCGCAGCCACCUUAGCGACGAUAAGCGGGAAAAAACCGAUGUGAGUAUGACAUCCGCGCCCGACUCUCGCAAAAGCGAAUCCCGCACGUCAGAGAACGACGACGAGUAUGCGAGGAAGGGCAAGGUUCUCACAACGUCGCCAGAGACACCUAAGACGUCUGUGCACUUUAUCACCGACGAGGAGCUCGCAUUGUACGACCUCCCGCCGUGGCGCUACACGUCCGUGUUGUUCGACUUGUACUACCGGUAUAUCCAUCUCGCUCGGCCGGUGUUGGCACCCAAGCGCCGCUUCCUCGCAGAGUUGUGUCUUAAGACGGACGCAUCCAUGGUGCACGCGAUGUUUGCGAACUCGUGCCGUUACUCGCUGCCGUUAUCCAUCCCGGAAGAGAUACACCGCCUGGCCAAUCAUUGGUACGAGCUUGCGGAGAAACACUGGGACCUGUUGCCGAUGGAAGCAUCCAUGAAAGCGUUGGUGAUGCUUGCUGGGUCCUUGGGUCCCGGUGGCCACUUUGCUCAGUCAGUAGAGGGUUCCCAACGCGCAUUGAAGCUUGUACGCUUACACAAGUUGGGGGAGUUGUAUGAGUGUCAAAGCCCGGAUGACUUCCUGGACUUUGUGGAAGUCUCGUCGCAGAAACAGUUAUGUGACCGCGAGUCAAACGUGCGUAACCUCUGGGGCAUGUGGAAGCUCUCGGCGUAUUUACGGAUGAACUCGGGCUAUCCCUACAAGAAUCUUCCCAGCGGUUCGUGCUUGCCGUUCCCGGGCGCCAUGGAGUUGCCCAGCCCCGAUUUGCUCCACCAUAAGCUGUUGGAAUUGGGCAACGACUGGUCACUCGAAAAGCUCAAGCCGUUGUCGUGGGACGUGAUCAACAGCGUAAUCCAGUCGGCCGACACCGAUAACCAUCCCGAUGGCCUGCCAAAAAUAUAUGACUCCGUCAUGGUUAUCCUCAGCACAAAGUUGAUGGAGAACGCCAUGGACACCAUCGAACGCAACGGGCUUUUGUCGUCGAACCUCGCGGUCAUCGACUCGCAGUUGCAGAUCCUCUCGACCAUUACCACCGGCCAUUUGUACGAGAUUGCGCGUCACAACCACACCAAGAAAAUCAUCUUACUUAACCUCACAUUCAUGUUCUCGCUCUUUAUCCAGUCUUUGACGAGGCUUGUGUGUCACGCGCUCCCCGCCGACAGCCUCCUUCUAUUCAAGCUCUAUCACAGCUCAUCCAACGCCAUUCCCAUGUUGGUCAAAGACUUGAACCUCACGGAAAUGCCAAUCUUUGAGCUUCCUAGUCACUUGAUUGCGGCCGAGGGCAAGGAGUGGUACUCGUUGACAAACCUCAUCAAUGGUGUGUUGGACAUUGUGAAGCUUAUUGAGCUCGGUGAAGGAAUUGUGCCGGAGUACUUUUCAGCAAAGACCUCAGCGAAGGGUCGCGAAGCCGAUAGCUCCAUGCGCAGCUUGCCGGUGCUCUUGGGCCCAACCUCCUACGAGCCUGCUAUCGACGUCGAUACUAUUGAUUACACCAACAAGACCUGGUGGCAGUUGGCGAUGGAAACAAAGUCCACCACGGCCCAGGUCUGCCCUGGUGAGCCGGAUACCUGGCUUCAGUACCCGCUCUUUGCGUGGGUGCCGAGUGCGUGCUCCAUCGCCAUCCUUGCAUCCUUGAUCGUGAUCUCCAAGUUCAUUUCGUUCAAGAUGCUGGAGGAGCUUGAUGACACCGAAUGCGUGUUGCGGGUGACAUUCAACGAUUUUUUUGUCAAGUCGCAAAUCAUGACCCCGGAAGAGACGAGCGAAAAGUCCAACUCCAUCCGUAUCACCCUCCCGAAGGCCAAUGCGAUGCAGAUCGUGCACGAGUUUAAUACACAGAGCUUGUUAGACAAGUUCAACCGGAUCGUACGCUACCUCAAGGCAUGGAGUCGCGUGUGGCCAUACAUGAAGGCAUCCUUGAUCCAUGUUGAGAAGGCUAACCACUAUCUUGAGGAUAUUAUCCGCAUGAUUGAUGAGAAAGCUGCGCAGUCAGUUUAA